AUGACUACCGCCCCUGGCCACCAUCUCCACCAUCACCACCAGCAUCUUCUCUUCCUCCUCCUUCUUCUUCUCCUCUUCCUCCCCCUCUCCCUGAGCUGUGAGAUAGGAUCCACCACAGAGUGCGACUCCCUGCCCUUCGUUCCCGGGCACAACCUCGUAGGCGAGGGCUUCGAUGUGGUGAGGAUGAAGACCACGGGGGCCUUCGUCGUCGACACCAGGACCUACAUGCUGGGCGGGGAGCAGGGCAACUGCACGGUGUGCCGCAACCGUCUCCUGAACCGGCGGCAGAAGCUGCCCGUCGCCGCGGUGGACUGGCGCGUUAAGGUGCGGUGCCGCCGGGCCCUCCGCGCGCAGAUCUACGAGUCCAGCCAGGCGGUCCUGAAGGAGAACGCGCGGUCCCACAGCGCCAGCUGGAAGAUCGGGCUCAACCUGGGAGGGUUGCAUGGGUUCGCCGUCGGGGGGACCCACUCCGAGUCGUCCAGGUUCGCCAAAAGCCUGUCUGCCAAGGACAAGUACUCUUUUAGCCGUCACGACUUCACCUGCCGCUAUUACACAUUUCGACUCCGAGCUCGUCCCCCUCUCACCAAGGACUUCAACCAGGCCAUUCGCUCCCUACCUGUGAAGUAUAAUUCCACAACCCUCCCCUCCUACCGCCAUUUCAUCGCCGUAUAUGGCACCCACUUCCUUCGGCAGGUGGACCUAGGCGGGCGUGUGCAAUCCACCACGGCCGUCCGUACCUGCCAGCUGGCCAUGACUGGCCUAACCAUCCAUGACAUCAGCAACUGCCUCUCUGUGGAGGCCACGGCGACCAUCAAAGGCGUCACAGUAAGCGCCGCCUCAAACUUCUGCAAAGCACGGGGCAAGAAGCUGAAAAAGGGCCGCAGCUUCGCGGCCACCUUCUCCGAGCGCAUCACCAGCAUCCUGGGCGGCCGGGGCCAGGAAGGGGACCUCCUGUUCGCACCCGGGAACAAGUCCAGCUACGACUCGUGGCUCAAGUCACUCAAGACGCUCCCCGGCGUCGUCUCGUACAGCCUGACCCCGCUGCACAUGCUGCUGAACAGGACGAAGGAUCCCGUGAAGCGAGAGAGCCUACGCCAAGCCGUCAGCGACCACAUCAGAGGGUCCGCCGUGCCCGUCGCCUGCCGCUCUAGAUGUGCCGUGGGCAGGCGUGUGAACAGCUGCGCCUGUAAGUGCAGCGGGCACAGAGGCAUCGAUGCCAACUGCUGCCCCACUCAGCCCGGGCUGGGCGGCCUGUCCGUGGUGGUGGAGAGGGCCACGGGACUCUGGGGGGACCACUUCUCCAAGACGGACGCCUACGUGAAAGUGUUCUACGGGAGACGCGGGAGCGCCACGCCCGUGAUCUGGAACAACGAUUUCCCUCGAUGGAACUACGGGGUCUCCUUUGGAACCGUCGAUCUCGGGAGAAGAAACCCCUUGCGCUUUGAAGUGUGGGACCGGGAUCAGAGGUGGAACGAUGACCUCCUGGGCAAGGCCUCCCUGGUUCCCUCCCAGGGCCAGCGGGUGAAGAAGCGUUUCCAGAUGAAACACGGCUCCCUGUACGUCUCCGUCUCCGCCACCUGCGCCCCGAGUCUCACAGGGCCCUUCUGCGGGAGGUACUCCCCGACCCCACAGGCCGAGGCGGGCGGGCACUACCCAAAUGAGCAGGCCAGCGGUGGGCACACGUGGGGCCGGACGUCUCCGAAACAUACCUGGAGUAAUGCCUUAUUGUGAAGAGGACUCUUUUAUCCUCACCAGGAUGAUAAGAGAUGAGAGGAAGAAUUAUUUGUGUUGUAUAAAAGCUUCACAGUAGCCUUACAACU